CAUCAGGCCUUAAAUACUUCUCCUCCCCCGUGCAGUCCCCCCCGAAGCCCCCCCGCCUCGUCCAUUUUCCCGGGAAAAAAUUUGCCCCCAGGACAUUUUCCCUCUCUCUUUCCCGAGAAAAUCCGGAGAUGGAGAACUCGACCCAGGAAUCCCACCACCUGCGAUCCGAGAACUCGGUGACCCACGAGUCCCCCUACCCGCUCUACGCCAUGGCCGUCUCCUCCUCCCCCGCCGCCGCCGCCGCCGCCCGCCACCACCACCGCAUCGCCGUCGGGAGCUUCCUCGAGGAGUACACCAACCGGGUCGACGUCGUCUCCUUCGACCCGGACUCCCUCUCCGUCAAGGCCCACCCGGCCCUCUCCUUCGACCACCCCUACCCGCCCACCAAGCUCAUGUUCCACCCGGCCUCCGGCAACCCCUCGAAGUCCGACCUCCUGGCCUCCUCCGGCGACUACCUCCGCCUCUGGGAGGUCCGGGAGAGCUCGAUCGAGCCCGUCGCGGUGCUCAACAACAGCAAGACGAGCGAGUUCUGCGCCCCGCUGACGUCCUUCGACUGGAACGAGAUCGAGCCGAAGCGGGUCGGCACGUGCAGCAUCGACACCACGUGCACCAUCUGGGACAUCGAGAAGAACGUGGUCGAGACGCAGCUGAUCGCCCACGACAAGGAGGUGUACGACAUUGCCUGGGGCGAGGCUAGGGUUUUCGCCUCCGUUUCCGCUGAUGGGUCGGUGCGGAUCUUCGAUUUGAGGGACAAGGAGCAUUCCACGAUCAUCUACGAGAGCCCUCAGCCCGAUACCCCGUUGCUCAGGCUGGCUUGGAACAAGCAGGACUUGAGAUACAUGGCCACUAUUUUGAUGGACAGCAAUAAAGUUGUGAUCUUGGACAUAAGGUCGCCAGCGAUGCCGGUCGCGGAGCUCGAGCGGCAUCGGGCGAGCGUGAAUGCGAUUGCGUGGGCUCCCCAGAGUAGUAGGCACAUCUGUUCGGCCGGGGAUGACUCUCAGGCGCUCAUUUGGGAGUUGCCCACCGUUGCUGGGCCCAACGGGAUUGACCCGAUGUCGAUGUACUCUGCUGGGUCCGAGAUAAACCAGUUGCAGUGGUGUGCGGCGCAGCCGGAUUGGAUUGCUAUCUCGUUCGCCAACAAAAUGCAGCUUUUGAAAGUUUGAGAGUCGCCUACCGUGGAGCUGCUUGAUGAACGUGUUACUUAUUGGCGUGUCGGCAUUCUUCAGGCUGUAUGCGGGUUGUAUAACAAGUAGGUCAUAGUAGGAUGGAGAUUGCUCCCGUCACGGUUGGAUAUUAUUCAGUUGUCAGGUGAAGUCUGUUCUCCUUUUGCAAGGUCCUUGGAGACGGAUCAAGUUGGUGUAUUUUGUCACUGUAAUCUAAUCGCGGUAUCAGAACCUCGCUAACGUGAUUGGAUUGUGAACAAGUUCACGCCGUGAAUCUGUGGUGUCUGUCUA